AUGCUCAAGUACGCACGCAAGCUAAAUAAAAAGCUGAUUUACAAGCUACAUGUACAAAAUGACAAAGUUGCAGAGAUGCCCAUGUUUCUGGUGGACAAUCUGUAUUUGAGGAACACAAAGGAGUUACUUAUUCUGUUAAACAAUGCCAUAACGUUCAACAGGAAAGAGUUUUUGGAAAACUACAAGAAGGUAUUACUAAUGGAUAGAGAGAGCAAUGCCAACUGUUUUGAUCGCCAGCAGGGGAGGGAAGAAAAAAAUGGAUCCAAUGGUGGGAGAUUUGUUUCGCGGGAAUGUACACCACCUCAAUCUAGUCACUCCCUUUUUGAGGGUGAAGUGAGUGGUGCAGGUCACCUAAAUGCCCGGCAGGGACACGUUCUGGAGAGUCAGCACGAGACGAUGCAAGCGGGUUCGAUUUUUAAAAAUGGACGCAUGUCGCCAGAUGGCCGAGGGAGGCGCUACAAAUACGACAAUGAGGAGUACGACGAGUUAAUUACGCACUUGUCGGAAGUGUGUGAGGACGCGUCCGGCUCGCAUGUAUUCGAAGUGCACGAAGUGGAAGAUGCGGAUGAGGCGGAAGAAGCGGACGAAGCGCACGAAACGCACGAAGCGGGUGAGGAGGACCCCCCCGCGCAGGAAUAUUCACUAAUUGGCUACCUACCAAAUGAGUUUUUUUUCCAGUCCCUCAAGCAGAGAGUAGUGUCACUGAAAGAUUACCUCUCCUUUAGUGACCUCUUCUCAUUUAUCCACCUAUUCAGUCGAACGAACGACAUAGACAUGGUGAAAAUCCUGGGGGAGCAGUACAUGCAGAAGCAAGAGAAGGAAAAGGACAAGCGGAUUAACAACAAACAAGUGGUGCAUUUACUAAAUAUAUUCCUCAAAUUUAAUUACAAAAGGAACAAUACUCAUCAUAUUGUUGACAGUCUGGUGGAAAGCAUCAAUAUAAACGUUUCGACUCAUGACUUGAAAUUGGCAGCACUAGGUUUUACAUGCUUGUCCAGAUUGAACCUAUACAACAUGGCCUUUUAUCGCUACGUGGAUACCUUCUUGAGGAAUUUGGAUAAAUGCUCCCACUUGUGUUGUUCGAUGGUACUUCACUGCUUGGGGUACUAUAAGCACUAUUGGGCCACAAAGAGGAGGGAGUUGUUGGAGGAAGCUAGGCUUGUUGGGAAGUCAACGGGUGGUCAGUUCGGGGGGACACACUCCCCAGCGUGUGAUGCCUCUGGUCGAGCUGAUCGGAUAAUGACAACUCGGUGUGCAAAUGUUAACCGCCUAUCCUUGCAGCUGAACAGAGAAAACGCGCACCUGAUUGAAGAGCUGGAGAAGGGGAUGAUCGACCAGUUGGUGAAGAUGGAGUUGGGGUCCAUUUCGGAGAAGUCGAUCAGUAGCAUAUUUCAUUUUUUCUUUCUGUCAAAAAGGGGUGUCUUAACUGUGGACGCGGGUGGGAGUAGCAACCAUGCCGAGAACGACAACGAAAGAGACCACCUCCUAUUGGGGAAGCUGGUCCACAUUUUGAUUACGAAGAAAGUAAACUUCGAUCAGCCGAGGCGAUUGCUCAUGUGUUGCUACCCCCUGAUCAUCCACAGGUAUUUCUCCAACAUACAAAUAUCAUCCUAUUUCGUGGUGCAGUGUGCUAAACUGAUCAAGCUCCUCAAGGAGAAGAAGCACCUGGACAAUUUGCUCUUUGUGUUGACAGGCUUCACACAAAAUCAGAUGAUAUUUUACAAAAACAGGAGUAACAAUAAAACGGCUCCUCGAAUAUAUUUGGACAAGAAAAAAAACAAACUGCACAAUUUUAAAAUUGAAAAUAAGUACAUUGAUAUGUUGGAGAAGUGUGAGUAUGAAGUGAACGUGCUUGAGAAGGGAUCCACAGAAGAGCCCGUCAGUUGUAGGUCAGCCAUCCUAUACAUCUUUAGCGAGUUAACCAACAUAAACUACGAAUUAAAUAGGGACCAGAUUGUUCUCUACUUACAACUCUUCUCCAGUUUUGACAUAAAGUUAAGUACCGACAUUAAGAAGAAGUUAUUUCGUCUAGUAAUGGACUCCACAAAUCAGUUAAGCAGUUUAAUCCAUGUGGUACUUCAGCUAGCCAUUCAGAUUUACGGCAUUUCCAGCACCUACAUGAAGACAAUCGCUUUGCAAUUUUUUGAAAAAAUGGACCACGAGUUGGGCAAAAUACACAAAUUAGGAACGAAUAAUGAAGAACUUCUUUUUAGCUACAUAAUUUGUGGUCAUGACAAUGAUAGGGCGAUGGAGAAGUACUCCUAUCUGUGCGAUUUAGAAAAACUGGCUGACAUCCUUUUCGUGUUCGACCAGAUAGAUAUUCAUAACAAGGACUUCAUCUCGAACGUUUCAAAUUUGCUUUGUGCGAAUAAUUUCUUUCUUCUAACGCAUCGAAGGAGUAACUUCAGUUCGUUCGUCCAUCUGCUGCACUAUGUAGGCAGCUUACCAGUGGACAUAGAUUCGAUUAAAAAAUUGACCAACUUUGUUUUCACAUGUGUGGCGGAGUACGUAGAUUUAUCCUACCGGAAAUAUGCACAGCGCGCACGGGGGGGACACAAAAUGGAAGAACAUAAGGUGAAGGGGUCUUCUCAAGAGGUUAAUAAAACCACCCCCCGUGAUGAUUGCCACACAAGUAGUUCCUUCCAAACGGAGGAGGAUCCUUCUUUUUGCGAAGUGGACCAUGCUUUCAUAAAAGGCAGAAUCUACCUCAAAGAUUUGAUCUUUUUGCUGGACGCGAUUCGUAUUUGCAAGGCCUACGAUUUUGUUUCGCUGCUCGGAAGCGUGAUCAACAUGAUAAAUUCGGAGAGGAUACAGGCCCUCUCCGAUGAGGACGUCGAACUGGUGAACUACAUUUUCAUCGACAUGGGUCUGAUGAACAAGUGCUUGCUGGACGAGGCGAGGCGCCGGGGACUCACCAUCGGAAUGAACUCGUGA